CCCAAUUUCAUUUUGUUGUCAGUGUUGUUUCCUUGCUAUGGCGAGUAUGGAUGAUGGAGACGAACCCAGUUUUGUCCCUUCUCACAGUAGAGGAUCUGUGUCUGGUAAAGGUGGAGGGGAUAAGAUGUUCUCUCUAAAGAAAUGGAACGCCGUGGCGAUGUGGAGCUGGGAUGUGGAGUGUGAUACCUGUGCAAUUUGCAGAGUCCAGGUUAUGGAUGCUUGCCUUCGAUGCCAGGCAGAAAACAAGCAGGAAGAUUGUGUUGUGGUUUGGGGAGAAUGCAACCAUUCAUUUCACAACUGCUGCAUGUCGCUGUGGGUGAAGCAGAACAACCGUUGCCCUCUCUGCCAGCAGGACUGGGUAGUGCAAAGAAUAGGAAAAUGAAAGUGUGCUGUGUCCCAGAAAAUUAUUAUGGGUUUGGGUGUUCCACACAGUCUGAAAACCAUCAGGACCAUUGCCUUUGAAGAAUGUUGUUUAUGAAGACUGUAAUUUUGAUUUCAGAAGGCAGCAAGACUGCCUGGCAGGACAUCACAAGAAUUGAUGUGCAUCAGAAGCAGUAACAAUGUGUUGGGGUUAUUCAGCUUUAAGUACUGUGUUUCAUGUAAAAUAAAAUAAUACAAUAAGAAACAAGGCAUGUUGACUUGUGUUUCUAAAGGGACAGGCUUCCUCCCAGAUUGACAGCUGGAUGAGCUGCACAAAGAUCUUGCAAAGUUUUCAUCUGGAAUACACAUCUACUGUUCAAAACCCACAAUGGCUACUUAUUUUUAAAUCCUGUUCUGUUAUUAAUUACAAGUCUAGUAUUGACAUGGUUUACCUCUUUAUUUGUGGUUCACAAUAGUGUCUGUAUUAGCAAGGGACUCCUGUAAUGCAAAUAGUGCAAGUGAGG